AACGACAAUAUAUCUAGACAGAGCCACAACAACCGAACAAGACUUUAGUGUUACAGACACGAGAACAGAACGUCGUGCCGUCAGUCGUCACCUCCGAAACACUAAACACCUGGAGCGGCGAUAACUAAAACAAAUAACUUCACGGCACAUAAAUUGCUUUCGCAAGGUUUGCGUAACGGCCACUGAAAUAUAUUACACGCAGACCAUCGGUACACCUCGAACAAACGUCCACAAAUAGUGUAACUUCAACACUAACUUCACACGUCUGCCGGCGGAAUGGAUAUUGGGAACAAUGACAAGAUCGGGUGCCAAGUGCUCGUGGUCCUGGCGCUGCUGGCGAGCUCGCUGCCGCCCAGCGCGGGCUACAUCGACUGCAGGAUCUCGUGCCGCCGCUGCCACGAGAACACGGAGCACCCCUCCGUGCUGGAGGUGUACUGCGCCAUGUGCGAGGAGUGCAAGCAGAGACGAAGAGAAAGGUACUUAAUUAGGAUGAAAGGACGUACUACUGCACGGACUACUUUGAUCAGAAUGCGGGAUGGAGUCGGACGGAGUGCCGAAGCGCUGGCCAAAACCCUGAUGCUGGGACCGCACGCAGCGGCGCCCCCACCCGAACACAUACAAGACGCGGGGCAGGCGAUACCACCCGAACGCCCCGCACCACCUGGACGACCUGGACCGCUGGGAUCACCUAGUCAAUAUUUACAGCCUGGACAGCCAGGGCAUUCAGGAAAGCCAGGGCAUCCAGGGCACCCAGGGCAGGCACUACUGCCGAUGCUCAUGCAGCGGCACCCGCAGCCGCUCCCGCAUCUACCCCAGCAGGGAGCGGUCUCGCGGCCAGCUCAACGUGGCUACGGAGAUGAAAUGGAUAGACCCAUGCCAAAACCAUCGUUCCCGGCCGGCUGCCCGACGCCGCCGGUCUGCCCUGACUCGGAGGAGGACGAACCAGAAAUAUUUGUGAACUAUCACACUGAUAUUACUACCACGACUACGAGCAUGGCCCCCACCACGCCACAAUGCCCGGCCAUAAGAUGGUGCAGGAAGAAGAAAAAGCCGCCCCAGCAGAGCUGCAUGCCGUGCAUGCCCAUGUGCCCGUGCCCCGUGCAGCCGAGCACGGCGGGCACCACGCACCAGGACUACCAGUACGUGUACAUCGGACUACCAAAGGGUAUAUUGCGACCGAGCUAGUUGUGUGAUACACGUGCCAGUAGUGUGUAUGUUUCAGAACUAACUAUAGUGGAACACUUGUUAUUUUAUUUUAGUAGGUACGCUAUCAUUUUGUAAUAAAUUGAAUUUAUUUUGUAUUCA